AUGGGGUUAAUGUCAUCUCCAGGGAGUCAGUCAGUACUGCUCUGCCCGCUAGUGUUGUCGCUCGCUAGAGUCGCUAGAGUCAGUCAGUACUGCUCUGCCACUAGCUCGCUCUGCUCGCUAGUGUUGUCGCUCGCUAGAGUCGCUAGAGUCAGUCAGUACUGCUCUGCCACUAGCUCGCUCUGCUCGCUAGUGUUGUCGCUCGCUAGAGUCGCUAGAGUCAGUCAGUACUGCUCUGCCACUAGCUCGCUCUGCUCGCUAGUGUUGUCGCUCGCUAGAGUCGCUAGAGUCAGUCAGUACUUCUCUGCUCCACUAGCUCGCUCUGCUCGCUAG